AUGUUUCGGAGGGUUUGUGGUCGUCUUUGCGCGGCGAAUGCGGCGGUGUCCAAGAGAAAAAGACCGCGGCCACUCUACUUGGACUUUCAAGCCACGACCCCGCUGGACCCGCGUGUGCUCGACAAGAUGCUGCCGUACCUGACGGAACUCUACGGAAAUCCCCACAGCCGCACGCAUAGCUACGGAUGGGAGGCGGAGGACGCGGUGGAGAAGGCACGUGCUCAGGUGGCUGACCUCAUCGGCACCAGCCCCAAGGGCGUGUUCUUCACUAGCGGCGCAACCGAGUCAAACAAUAUUGCCAUCAAGGGCGUGGCCAAUUACAAUAAGGACAAAAAGAAUCACGUUGUGACACUGCAGACAGAGCACAAGUGCGUGCUGGACUCCUGCCGCUACUUGGAGAUGGAUGGCUUUGAGGUGACAUACCUUCCAGUGGAAAAGAAUGGUCUCGUUAAUCUGCAGAAGCUCGAAGCUGCCAUCCGUCCCACGACCGCCCUCGUUUCCUGCAUGUAUGUGCACAACGAGAUUGGUGUUAUCCAGCCGAUCAGCGAGAUUGGUAAGAUUUGCCGCAGUAAGAAGGUCCUCUUCCACACUGAUGCCGCGCAGGCGUUGGGCAAAGUGCCCAUUGACGUGGAGCGCGAUAACAUCGACCUUAUGUCGAUGUCUUCACACAAGGUCUACGGCCCGAAGGGGUGUGGCGCGCUGUACAUGCGGCGCCGCCCCCGCGUGA